UCCCCCGGCGCCCCCCGCCCCCUGCCAAGACGCCCGGCACCGAGCCAGGGGCCGCGUGGACGGAAAAGCCGCUCGGAAAAGCUUGCCCAAGGUCCACCUAGCCCCUAAACACCAUGUCAGACAGUGAUCUGGGUGAGGACGAAGGCCUCCUCUCCCUGGCAGGCAAGAGGAAGCGCAGAGGGAACCUGCCCAAAGAAUCGGUGAAGAUCCUCCGGGACUGGCUGUACUUGCACCGCUACAACGCCUACCCCUCAGAGCAGGAGAAGCUGAGCCUUUCUGGACAGACCAACCUGUCAGUGCUGCAGAUAUGUAACUGGUUCAUCAAUGCCCGGCGGCGCCUUCUCCCAGACAUGCUCCGGAAGGACGGCAAAGACCCCAAUCAAUUCACCAUCUCCCGCCGCGGGGGUAAGGCCUCAGAUGUGGCCCUGCCCCGAGGCAGCAGCCCCUCAGUGCUGGCUGUGUCUGUACCAGCCCCCACCAAUGUGCUCUCCUUGUCCGUGUGCUCCGUGCCACUCCACUCAGGCCCGGGGGAAAAGCCAGCAGCCCCCUUCUCACCAGGGGAGCUGGAGCCCCCGAAGCCCCUGGUGACCCCUGGCAGCACACUCACUCUACUGACCAGAGCUGAAGCCGGAAGCCCCACAGGUGGACUCUUCAACACGCCACCGCCCACCCCCCCAGAGCAGGACAAGGAGGACUUCAGUAGCUUCCAGCUGCUGGUGGAGGUGGCGCUACAGAGGGCUGCUGAGAUGGAGCUUCAGAAGCAGCAGGACCCAUCGCCCCCCUUACUGCACACUCCGAUCCCCUUAGUCUCUGAAAACCCCAAGUAGGCAUCUGCCAAAAGGGGUGCUCGAGGCUCGAGCCAGCUGUCCUGGGUUUCCAUUUGGGUUCCCUUUCAUACAGAGGGUUUUCUUGGAUCACUGCCAAACAUCAGGAUCAUCUCCUCUGUCCAGAGGUCUUCAGCAGGAAGAUGCCAGCUGGUGUCACUGCACCGUGACGGGGACCUCUCUGCUAACUGCCGUUUCUCCAGGCCUCCUCAGUGAUGAGAUGGAGAUCGGAGACGGGCAUGGUGCUGCUGCUGCUUCUCCAGAGAAUCCCUAGGACACCUCUGUCCCAGCCUGCUUUCCUGGCUGGGCACAGGAAACCCACCACAUUCAGACCUACGCCCCGGAGCUGGGCCUCUCUGUGUUAAGCGAAGUGUGGACAGUCCAAGUUCAUAAGUGUGAACAAGAGAAGAGGAACCCAGCAGAUGUAACAGAACUGACUCCAGUUGAAUGUUUAGGUUUUCACUAAACUUUAUUUUUCCUUUUUUGCUGGGGUUUGCAUUAAUGGGAGUAGUUAGCCCAGGUGUGGGGAGUCAGUGUGUGUUGCCUGAGGGAGUCUGACGAACUGGGAAUUAGGCACCACUGCAACUGGUGAGUGUUUUACAAGGAAAGAGUAUCUUUAUUUUGGGGACCAGCUAAAUCUCUGCAAAAUUCCAAAUGAUUGUUUUAUUGUUGGUUUGAUUUACCCAAAAAAAAAAAGGACACACACACACACAAAAACCCCUUUUUGAGCUCUGGCUUUUCUGCGUCAGGCACAGAGCCUUUAAGAAUAAAGAAAGGGUCCAAUACAGAAUCUGACCAAACCUUCUAAGCGCAGAGCAGAGAAGGAUGAUAAAACCGGACAGGUGGUUAUUGGUUUGGUUUGUUCGUUUUUCUGUUUUGUUUUGUUUUUUAAAUUUUUGUUUUUACUAUGUUUUGGGGGACAGGGGAAGUAAGCUAGACCAAGGCAGUGAGUUUUUUGGUUUUGUUUUGUUUUUUCUCCUUAAUAUUUUCCCCUCUUUAUCCUUGAAAGUUUGGCCAAGCAGCCUGGGUUUUGAAUUCCAUUAAGAACUCGGGAUUAGUGCGGCCAAAACGGAAAAAGCUGCCAGUAGCUCCUACUUGGAGAGAAGUGAGCCACCUACUGGUCAGGAAGCCCUUGUAGCUGACUCCGAUGGGCCUUUAUUCCCAUGACAGUGGCAAGAACCUAUUCCUGGAAGAAGCAGGGAACGUGCCCCCAGCGGCUGAGAAGCUGCCUUCUCUGGAGGCUGGGGCUGGAAAUCGGUUAGGAAGCCUGUCCACUGUGUCUUUGUAUUGCACCUUUCUCUAAAUUGGAGUUGCAGAGCCCUCUGCUCUGAACUUCACAGUGAACUAGAUCACGGUCUUAUUCUUCUCCCUCCUCUCCAUUUUUUUAUUUUGCUGUCUCACUGCUAACAGCGUUUGACAGCAAUACAUCCCAUCUUUAUAUAUCCUCAGAAACACUAAUUCUAGGUUACUAUUAGCCAAAAUAUUUUUGUUCUGAAUAAUGUUGUUACUGGGCCGAAAGGUCAGGAGCCCUCAGCCUCUAGUUUCCUGAAGUUGCCCAGUCAGGUAGGCACAAGGGGGAGAUUCCUGGGGGUUGACUUGGGUGGGCCUGGACAGGAGAAAGGCAGCAACGUGUGUUCUGUCCUUUCUGGGAUGAUGUCUGAAGGCUUCAGGGAGGCUACCUGACUUCUCAGUGGCUUGGCCUGCCCACUGCUGUGGGAAUGGGGAUUAGUUACUUAAGGAGAGGGAGCUUUGCUCUCUCUGAGUGGGCAUGUUUCCUAGGCUCUCUCUUUUGCUACCCCAGCCUGUCUUUGCAUGUCCCAGGGGGAUCAGGGAUCCUCGCCCUCCUGAGGCCCAGCUGGGGAAGAAAGAAUAGCAGCUUCAAGACAGCUGAAGCUGCUGUUUGCCCAGCCUGUUCCACCCCACCCAUGUCUGAGCCCAGGUCUGGUAGCACUGUAGGAAGACGCUUAUAGCAAGAGCCCCUGGCAGUGUAUUGGGCUGGGGUGGGACUUUUCCUUCCCACAGUGCACUGAGCAGUAGAGAUGGUGAGGGGUGAGGAGCCAUGCUGCUGAAUUCUGGUUGGCAUUUCCCCCUUGUGCGAGAUGGGGAGGCUGGAGGUGGGGCAGCCUCUGCUUGGUUGGGUUGUGAGAGAAACCUGGAGAAGCACAGUUAUCCCGUUGAGUUAUUUGAGCAAAAAACUACUGUAAAUAACUUUUGUUUUUGUCUUUCGUCAAAUAAAGUUGUUUUUGGGUUUU